AUGAAGACAAUUUUCACCAUCUCUGUCGGGUUGCUUGGCACCUGCGCGGCAUCCAGUGUCUGUCCACCAAGUCUUCUCAGCGGCAACGCAGUUUGCUGCUCAACCAACGUUCUUGGUGCCUUGGGUCUUGACUGCACACCCCCCAACCGCACGCCUAUUGAUGGACCCGAUUUGGCAAGCAUUUGCAGCGAAGACGGCAAGGAGGCAACGUGCUGUGGCGUUCCGAUUGUUGGACAAGGCGUUGUGUGCAGUCCUGCUCUUGGCGCAUAA